GCCUAACGGUUGGAAACACGAAUUUCUUUAACCGUCCACCCCCGGCCGGUGGCUGCAGCAAUUUUGUACGUUGUCGUCUUCCCUCAUGCAACGUGUGUCUACGGGCGCUGCGAUCGCGACAGCCAAGUGCGUCCCCUCUCCUUCAUGGCUGACCUGUGCCGCAGGCUGCCUUUGUUGCUGCUUGCCGUUGUCGUCUUUCAUAUCUGCAUCCUCGGUCGCGUCCCUGGGAGGAAACAUAGGCGCCGAACGACGAAGGCAACCGGGAAGAUGGAGAAGGUGCAGACGAAGAGGACGAUGUCCGUAGGGGCUGGCGGGUCGUCACGUCAGCGUUGCAGCUCUGCGGAAGGCGGCACGCGCCCGUACGACCCGACGCUGUACAUCCACCUGCCGUCCCACGAGAUUCCAUUGCCUCCGAGUGACGACGACAGCGACGAGCCCCGAUCAUCAACGGUUCCUUUAGGCAGCGGUUCGACGCAGGAUUGGAUGGGGAGCCAGUUGUACAGACAGUCCUCGACGCCGACGUACACUGAUCUGCUGGAGGGGCGGACCCCGGUUGGUUAUGACGGAGGGCUCGUAGAUCUCAACUUCGGUUUGAGGUCUGGGAGUGGCCAGGACGUCACGCACACCGUUCUCGUGAACCCGGGUUCUGCCAGCAACCACACAGCGCCUUCGGUGGGGCCGUGUGGCCUUCCUGACACCCGCGGCCGGGGUUCUGUGGGCACAGCAGGUGUUCGCGCGGAGGGGACGAGGACAGGUGGAUUGACAACGGCAGGCGGCGCAGUCCACCGAGGAGGGGAUGACGUUGACGGCUACGCUGCGGAGGUCGCGGGGCGAGAGGUUUGGGAUGAUUUCCGGCGACAAUCACGACAAUCUAGCAUGUCCGCCAUAACGAGAGGGGUGGCGAAGAUCAAUGUACAGGCGGACGACACACCCGGCGAUUGCGACGGAGCGGGUGGUGAAGAUUUGUCGGCAGGCGACGGGGGCAAUGACAACGACGACGAUGACGACAGGGAGAUGGAGAUUCGUCCGCUGGGGGGAAAACGGGGAGGGCCGAGGGCUACGAGCAAAGCUAAAAGAGACCAGGAUUUGCAUCUUGCUGGCCUCGGCCACAUUAUGGGAAGGAUGAAGACGAAGACAUGGAAGUGGGCCGACAUCGAGAGCAGGCUCGUGCAGAUGGGGGUGACGACUAGAAAGGCCGAUGACUGCGGGAAAAAAUGGGACAACAUGUACAUGCAGUUCAAAAUUGUGCACAAGUUCAUGGGAGAAUCGGGGAAGCCUGAUUUCUUCUCCCUGGCGCCGCGGGAGAGAAAGGAGCGGGGGUUCGAUUUUCGGAUGGACGAGCGUGUGUAUUCAGAGAUGAUGUCCAUGUCCAAGGGCGAUCACACAAUACACCCCACAAAUCUGGCGGACACGGGUGCGGCGGGAGGUGUUCAACUGCCAGGCCGGACUGGAGGUCGGAACGAAUCAGGCGGUAGUGACGGAUGCGGGGAUGGGCAGGACGACGAUCAGGGAUCGACGCGGAAUUCAAGUUUCAGCGGCGGUGUUGUGGGCGGGUGCGGCAAAAGGAAGAAUGUGAGACAACAGACCUUCGACACGAUUGCGUACGUCAUGAAGGACCACGGGAGUCUGAUGGCGACGACAGUGGACAGCGCGAGCAAGAGGCAGUGCUCAAUUCUGACUAGGCAAUGCGACAUUCUCGAGCGAGAGCUAGAAGUGCAGAAGGAACACUACGUGUCCGCUGUGAAGCAGAGCAUUGCUGUUGGUGCUGCCGGGGUGUCGCAAAGGACCCCGAAGGCGGCAGGGGUUGUCAUGACGGAGGUGCGCGUCCCGAGGCAACUUCCCGUGGCGACGGGGCUGGGCCAGCCACGUCCGGCACUUCCACUGCAACAGCUGGGGGCUUCAGGGGGGGGGGAAGCACAGGCCGCGCAAAAGGGCGAUGCAACGGCGAUCGGCACUAGGACGGCGGCGGCGGAUCGCAGUGGUAGAACCGGAGUCGCCGAAGGUGCAGGCGAGGAGAGGGUAGACGACGUCCGCCACGACGAGGGAAGAAGAGACGGAAAGCGGGAGGGCGACGACGACGACGACCGUCCACUUGUGACGAGGUUGAAGGGAGCCGCAAAGGAGGAUGGUCUGGAGGAAAGAUCGAAGUUAGCGUGCAACGUCGAGAAACUGGUGCUGAGCGCCAUCCACGGCUGGAUCUUCAAAUCGUCGUCGUGGUCGGUUGGAUUUACUCGUGCAGAGUCGUACAUCUGUGUCGACAUUGCCACAGACAUCGCACGAGCAGUCUGGCAGGGGCAGGAAUGGUCGAACGUGGUGUCCCCUGCACUCGUGUACCACACUAUGGCGCUGAAGAUGGACGUGCCUCUGUGGUUCGCGGGGGUGAAGAUUGUGGAUCGGCCAGAGGACGACGACAUGGCGGCGCGGCAGGAGGCGACAGUUCUUCGCAUCGCUGAGUGCUGGACAGACGCACUGUGGUGUGGACAAUGGGCGGACGACGGGCGCGUGAAAUAGGAGAGGUUGUCUAGGCUUGCGGACUGUCUUCGAGCGUUGUUGAGCGCGU